UGCGGCCUAGCGGGAGGCCUGGACUCGGCAGGAAAGAACUGCCAAAUCUCAGGCCUUCGUUUUUUAGUUGUUGAGUGGAUGCCCACCACUGGUAACAUGCUCUUUGGACCGAACUCCAUAACUUUGCGCUGGCGAUUCCUUUGACUUGAUAGAUACUGGAAGAACAGUUUGGGAAGCAAUUCUUGAAGAAUGAAUGGCCACAGAUUUGUACCUUUUGGGUACUCUGCUGGGCUGAAUACACAGGAUUUAAGAGGCCACCACAUGAUUACUCGUCAUCUGCAGAACUUGGGCAGGAACAGUAUUGUCCGCUUAUCAGCUCCUCGGUGGUUUUGUAACAUUCCAAACUUCUCCUGUCCUUGUCGGGUCUCCAGUUUUUCUCCUUGGGUAAUAACUCCACAUGGUUUUGGGAGUCCUCUCCCCUUCCAUUGGACUAGAUCCUUCUACCGGAAUCCCUCUUCCCAGCAGAGACCACCAUCGUUCUUUUAUGGUCAUUCAUGGACAAGGGGUAGUUCUUUACAACAAACUUUUAAUUCUUACCCAAGUCGACCAUCAGGUUAUCACAUGGAGACACAUGUAGGUGCACCUCAAGUUAAACGAAGAAAGCAUGAUCCAGCAAAUAAGAAGGAACUGAAUCUUUUGGAAUUAAAUGACACAAAUCAUGCAGCACAGGACAAAACUGACUGUGUUGCUUUGCGGGACAGUGAAUUGGAAAAUUCACGUAGCUCCAGCGUGGUGGAAGGUCAAGAAAACAGAAACAUAAAAGUAGGGGCAGUACACAGAAAAUGGGAGGAUUUUACAUCAUUAUGCAAGAGCAGCCAAGGUACUAGUGAAUCAAAAGAAACUUCAAAUGAAAAACAAAAGGAAGUUUUUGAUUUUUCAGUACUGUCGUAUAAUAUUCUGGCACAGGAUUUACUGGAGGACAAUAGUCACUUAUACAGACAUUGCAGUCAGCCAUUAUUGCAGUGGGGAUUCCGAUUUCCUAACAUCCUUAAGGAGCUGAAGCAGUUGGAUGCAGAUAUCAUGUGUUUACAAGAAGUACAGAACAACCACUAUGGAAAGCAGCUGAAGCCAAUAUUGGAAUCACUGGGUUAUCAUUGCGAAUACAAAAUGCGGACCGGAAACAAGAGAGAUGGGUGUGCUAUUUGUUUUAAACGCUCAAAGUUUUCACUAAUCUCUGCUAGCCCAGUGGAGUUUUAUCGUCCUAUGAUCCAAAUACUAGACAGAGACAAUGUUGGACUUGUGGUACUACUACAACCAGCUCUUUCACAAUCUGAUGUUCGUGUAUGUGUGGCAAAUACUCAUCUCUUGUAUAAUCCACGUCGAGGAGACAUCAAGCUGGCUCAGCUUGCAAUACUCCUGGCUGAAAUUAACAAACUGGCAUCUGAUGGGAAAGGAGGUCACUGGCCGAUUAUUCUGUGUGGAGACUUCAACUCUGUCCCUGAUUCCCCGUUGUACAACUUUAUUCGUAGUGGGAAACUUAUUUACGAUGGACUUCCAAUUGGAAAGGUGUCAGGUCAGGAGCAGAGUCACAGGGGCCAGAGAGCUUUGUCAAAACCACUUUGGCCAUCAAGUCUUGGAAUUUCAUCAGAGUGUCAGUAUGAAACAAUGAAAGAUGCAGAAUAUCCUGUAGAUGCUCUGGACAAUUCAGAAGAGCUAAAAGAUGCUACGACUAAGAAGAAUCAUCCUAUGGAUCAACUGACUCCUUCUGCUAUUCAGCACAAAUUCAAGCUACUUUCUGUGUACUCCCAUUAUCUGCCUGGGACUAAUAAAACUGAGGUCACCACUUGUCAUUCCAAAUCUGCUGUCACUGUGGAUUAUAUUUUUUAUUCAGCAGCAAAGAAUAAUGGCACUCCAGAUUCAGGAGAUGGUGGUCACUUGCAGCUUCUUGGGAAACUUGCACUACUUACAGAACAAGAUCUUUGGACUGUAAAUAGAUUACCCAAUGAAAGUAACUCUUCAGAUCAUCUGCCUUUAUUAGCUAAAUUCAGACAUAAACUUUGAUAUUAAGAAAGUUGCCAGUAAUUUCUUCCCUCUAUUCAGUAUUUGAUCAAAAAUUGUGCAUUUUAGAACCAUAGAACAAUACAGCACAAUACAGGCCCUUUGGCCUACCAUGUUGUGCCGACUUUCAAACCACUCCUAAGACUAUCUAACCCCUUCCUCCCACAUAUCCCUCUACCUUAAGUUCCUCCAUCUGCUUAUCUAAUAAUCUCUUGAACUUUACCAACGUAUCAGCCUCCACCACCACCCCAGGCAGCACAUUCCAUGCACCAACCACUCUCUGGGUGAAAAAUCCCCCUCUGACGUCUCCCUUGAACUUCCCACCCAUUACCUUAAAGCCAUGCCCUCUCGUAUUGGGCAUUGGUGCCCUGGGAAAGAGGCGCUGGCUGUCUAUCUAUUCCUCUUAAUAUUUUGUAUACCUCUAUCAUGUCUCCCCUCCUCCUCUCCAAUGAGUAAAGCCCUAGCUCCUUUAGUUUCUCCUCAUAAUCCAUACUCUCUAAUCCAGGCAGCAUCCUGGUAAAUCUCCUCUGCACCCUUUCCAACGCCUCCACAUCCUUCGUAUAAUGAGGCGACCAGAACUGGACACAGUACUCUAAGUUGGGUCUAACCAGAGUUUUGUAAAGCUGCAUCAUUACUUCACGGCUCUUAAACUCUAUCCCACGACUUAUGAAAACUAACAUCCCAUAAGCUUUCUUAACUACCCUAUCCACCUGUGUGGCAGCUUUCAGUGAUCUGUGGAUAUGAACCCCCAGAUCCCUCUGCUCCUCUACACUGCCCAGAAUCCUGCCAUUUACCUUGUAUUCUGCCUUAGAGUUUGUCCUUCCAAAGUGUACCACCUCACACUUCUCCGGAUUGAACUCCAUCUGCCACUUCUCAGCCCAGCUCUGCAUCCUAUCAAUGUCCCUCUGUAAGCUUCGACAGCCCUCCACACUAUCCACAACACCACCGAUCUUUGUGUCAUCUGCAAACUUGCUAACCCACCCUUCCACCUCCUCAUCUAAGUCAUUAAUAAAUAUCACAAUAAGUAGAGGUCCCAGAACCGAUCCCUGUGGGACACCAUUAGUCACAUCCCUCCAAUCCAAAUGCACCCCCUCCACCACAACCCUCUGCUUUCUACAGGCAAGUCAAUUCUGAAUCCACACGGCCAAGCCUCCCUGGAUCCCUUGGCCUCUGACCUUCUGAAGAAGCCUACCAUGCGGAACCUUGUCAAACGCCUUACUAAGAUCCAUGUAGAUCACAUCUACUACACUACCCUCAUCAAUCUUCCUGGUCACCUCCUCAAAGAACUCUUAUCAGGCUAGUGAGGCAAGAUCUUCCCUUCACAAAGACAUGCUGGCUGUCCUUAAUCAGUCCGAUUCUCUAAAUGAUCAUAGAUCCUAUCUCUUAGAAUCCUAGCAGCUUACCCACCACAGACGUAAGGCUCACUGGUCUGUAAUUCCUUGGACUAUCCCUACUACCUUUUUUGAAUAAGGGGACAACAUUCACCACCCUCCAAUCUUCCAGUACCAUCCCCAUGGACAACAAGGACUCAAAGAUCCUAGCCAACGGUUCAGCAAUCUCCUCCUUCGCCUCCCGAAGCAGGCUGGGGACUAUUCAGUUAGGCCUCGGGGACUUAUCUGUCCUAAUAUUUUCUAACAGCUCCAACACAUCCUCUCUCUUGACAUCUACAUACUCUAGCACAUUACCCUUACCAACACUGUCCUCAGCAUCAUCAAGACCCCCCUCCUUGGUGAAUACUGAAGAGAAGUAUUCAUUGAGAACCUCACCCACUUCCACAGCUUCCAGGCACAUCUUCCCACCUUUGUCUUUAAUCGGACCUACCUUUACUCUAGCCAUCCUUCUGUUCUUCACGUACGGGUAAAAAGCCUUGGGAUUCUCCUUAACCCUACUCACCAAAGCCUUUUCAUGUCCCCUUCUUGCUCUCCUCAGCCCCUGCUUAAGUUCCUUCCUUGCUACUCUAUAUUCCUCACGAGCCCUAUAUAAUCCUUGCUGCUUACACCUUAUGUAUACUGCCUUCUGCUUCCUAAUUAGUUGUUCCACCUCUCUUGUCACCCGUGGUUCCUUCACCCUGCUAUUCCUUCUCUGUCUCACCAGGACAAAUUUAUCCCUAACAUCCUGCAAGAGAUCCCUGAACAACGACCACAUCUCCACAGUACAUUUCCCUUCAAAAAUGUCAUCCCAAUUUACACUCUCAAGUUCUCGCCUUAUAGCCUCAUAAUUCGCCUUUCCCCAAUUAAAUAUCUUCCCAUCCUCUUUGCUCCUACCCUGUCCAUGACAAUGCUAAAGGUUAUUGAGCAGUGGUCGCUGUCCCCCAGAUGCUCACCCACUGAUAGAUCUGUCACCUGACCCGGUUCAUUACCUUAAACUAGAUCUAAUAUGGCAUCCCCCUCUCGUCGGCCUGUCAACAUACUGUGACAGGAAUCCAUCCUGGAUACACUUAACAAACUCCGCCCCCUCUGAACCUUUGGCACUAAGCAGGUGCCAAUCAAUAUUUGGGAAGUUGAAGUCUCCCACGAUAAUAACCCUGUUAUUUUUGCAUCUUUCCAAAAUCUGCCUCCCAGUCUGCUCCUCAGUAUCCCUACUGCUACCAGGGGGCUUAUAGAAUACUCCCAGUAGAGUAACUGCUCCUUUCUUCUUCCUGACUUCCACCCAUAUUGAAUCUAGAGAGGAUCCUUCUACAUUAUCCACCCUUUCUGCAGCUGUAAUAGUGUCCCUGACCAGUAUCGCCACCCCUCCUCCUCUUCUCCCCCCCUCCCCCUCUUCUUGCCCCCCCCAUCCCUUUUAAAACACUGAAAACUAGGAAUAUUCAAUAUCCAUUCCUGCCGUGGUGUCAGCCAUGUCUCUGUAAUAGCCACAAUAUCAUAGUCCCAUAUACUUAUCCAAGCUCUCAGUUCAUCUCCCUCGUUCCUGAUGCUUCUUGCAUUUAAGUAAAUGCACUUUAGCCCAUCCAUCUUACUACUUUUAUAGCCUGUACUCUGCUUCUCCUUCCUCAAAGCCUCUCUAUCUGUUAGAUCUGACUUUUCCCCAUCCCCUUCUUCCUCUGACCUACUCCUCCAGUUCCCAUCCCCCUCGCAAGCUAGUUUAAACCCUCCCGAACCACCCUAGCAAACCUGGCUGCAAGGAUAUUGGCCCCCCCCCUCAGGUUCAGGUGUAACCCAUCCUCUCUGUACAGGUCCAACCUUCCCCAGAAGAUGGGGAAGGUGUUUUCUGGGGUACAACAUUUUUAUGGAUCAUUUUGGGCUUUGAUAAAUUUCUGCAAGAUUUUAAAUAUUAUGUCCAAAAAUAAAGUUUUUUUAUAUCUCUAGUUAUACUCUUGUACAAAUAUUUACAGCUGUUGUUAGAAUUGGUGGAAAUGUAUAACCACAGAUACUAGGAGAUACAUUUCUGUCCAAAGUCAGACAAAUGCAAAUAAUAAGAUUAAGAUUUCUUUUUGUCACACGUACAUCGAAACACACAGUGAAAUGCAUCUUUUUGUGUAGAACAUUCUGGAGCAGCCCACAAAUGUCGCCAUGUUUCUGGUGCCAACAUAGAAUGCCCACAACUUCCUAACCUGUAUGUCUUUGGAAUGUGGGAGGAAACCGGAGCACCCAGGAAGACAUUACGCUAACUGCUGCACUACCAUGCAAGAGGUUGCUGGAUUCCUUUUGCGUUAGGAACCAGGAGUAGACAGGCAACACAGAUUUGCAUUCAGAUUAACAAAAAAAAAGCAGUGGGUAAGAGAGAUCAGCAGUUUAGGGAUGAUAACAGGAUCCUGAGAGGAGUUGGGAUGGGAAGAUUAAAGCUUAGGAACAACCUGGAUGUAAAUAAAAUAAUGCAAACGUGAAGCUAAUUGAAAGAAGGAACAGAAGCUGAGCAAGAUGGUGCAGUAUAAUUUGCCUACACACAGGAAGCACACCAGGCCAUUCUCUUCCACCAUCCACCUGCCAUCA